UCUUCUUCUUCUUCUUUUCUUUUUCUUUUUUUGUGUUUUUGAUGUGCAUGGAUCUACAACUGGGGCUCGCUCUUUCAGCUACUCCUUACGAGCCUAGGGAGGCUUUGGGUUACAACAAUUGCAGAAGAAAACGUAGAUUUGAUCAUGAAAUACUACGCUUUGAUGAGAAUAGAGAUAUUCCCAAAACGCUGUCGCUUUUGCUUUGGACUAAGCAACCUAAUGACGACGAUGAUGACCCUGAACCUGAAGAUCUCGAACACAGCUUUUCUUCUGCCAUUUUCACGAAUGAUGAAGAGGGUUUAGUGGGGUGGCCACCGGUGAAAACCUGGAGGAAUAAGCUACAACGCCAAAUUCCCAACGGCGGAGCAGAUAACAACCACGUGGCGUCGGAGAAUGACUGUGGUGGUAACAGGGCUUCAAAUUCCACAUACGUGAAGGUAAAGAUGGAAGGAGUUGGAAUUGGUAGAAAAAUCGACAUCGGCGUCCAUCAUUCCUUUGAAACUCUUACAACCACCUUAAUGACAAUGUUCGAUAUAUUUGAUGAGAAUCGGAAGAACUUUAAACUGACUUAUCAAGACAAAGAAGGCGACUGGUUGCUUGCUGAAGAUGUUCCCUGGAGGACCUUCGUUGGCUCAAUAAAAUGCCUGAAAUUAAUUAGAAGCAGCGGAUAG